UUGCAGUCCAGUUAAGCUCUAAGGUGGCGUUCCGACUCAUUCGGAUUUCGCCCAAGGAUUAAGUGGGAUCGGAAGUUGGGAAGAGCGCUCUUCAAGCAGGCUAAAAAGGCAUUAUUGCGUUGCUUCGUUUUCUCCAUCGGGCGAUAUUACAUACAGGGGAGAAAUUAGACAUGAACAUGUCGAGAUUGAGAUCUUGGAAUCUUCAUUUUUACGAGCAUCUAUCUAAUGCAAUAAGAUAGCCAACCGUUUUCCCUGAGGGCCUCGGGAAAUUGGGGCGACAAAAAAGAGCUCGAGAUUGUUCAAACUUCUGAUCUCAUGGGAAGAAGCACUCUGCGGAGGAACAUUGGCGGAUAGUUCAACGCGUGGGUACGAGACCGAGAGUGGGAUAUCGAUGACAAAUGCCAAAACAAGUCCUCCAAAUCUCCCAGGACCCACUAAAGUCACGACCAUUUCCGACAAAAAUCUCAAAACAAAAGCUCUGAGCUGUUGUCGUUUCCUCUGUCUUCCAUGUUUGGGCUUCCUUUUUGAGGGUAGGAAACUGACAGUUACUUUUGGAUGAGGAUGCUUCGCCUUAGAAACACUCUAAUGAUGCCUCUAGAUUUUUGUCCAAUAGAGCCUUUAAGGGCUUUCCAACACAAAUAAGUAUUCCAGUGCACCAGAACAAGAUAAAAAGCCUUAAUGGCACACUUGCCACAAAGUCCUGUUACAGGUGUUUUCCUUGGCUUUCUCCACCUCUCAAUGGCGUUAGUGCACAAGAAGAGCCUUUUCUACCUGUGGCCUUCAAUAAUAGACAGUUCUCAAAAUGAGCCUUCAUCCCCUUUUGAGGGAUUUUCAAGCCGAUUUGAAGUGUUUAAAAGCUAACCAAGACAAAAACGCCAAGAUCAACGCCAAGAUCACCGAUGCCAAUCCACAUUUGGUCAGCCUUUGCAAAGGCCUCGAGGCCAUGUUCCAGCAUGGCCUUCGGCCCAACGAUAACGUCUUUGUUUUAUUUGAGGUGAUCAGCCUCGAACCCAAACGUGAGGCUGGCAUGAAUGCUUUGGUGAAGCAUAUCGUCUCGGAGAUCAAGAAGAUCCGCACCCUCAAAACCGACGUGGGUCGAAGUCGGCAUUUCUUCCGAUGUUGCUUGAACAACGGUUGGUUGACCUCUUUGGUGAUCUCACUACGUAAUUGGAAAACCAUCGGAGAUUGGUACGAAUCAGACUCGCUCUUGCUCAGAAGCCCCAAUGAGAGUAUCAUGAGCAUUCUCCCGGACCUCGAUUUACUUCACUUCGACCUUCAUCUAGCGAAUCGAUCAUUUUUGGACGACUCUUGGGAACUGCCCAUUUACAAUCGCUUCGAACUUAUUCCCGGAUCAGAUUUGGGUCUGAUGAUUUGUUCGUUUCAAGGAAAGAUUGUUGUGACCAAGGUGAAAACCUAUUCCAGUGCGGGCGAGGAUGGCAAGGUGCAAGUGGGUGAUGUGAUUGACGAUUUAGAUGCCACACCCACUUAUGGCAUGGAGCCGGAAGCUAUCGCCAAGAUAGUGAAGAAGUGUGGCAAACGACCUCUGGCCAUUGGCGUGGUGAAGGCGGAGAAAAAUGGGAAGAUAUUUCCGCCAUUGAAGGCUUUGCUGGAGCAGAGUUCAAUUGAUCUGAAAAGACUGGAGGAGUUGAUGUCGAUCAGAAAGAAGUGGCGACCCAAUUCGUUGAUGUUGGAUGAUGACAACAAUUGUCCUAGCAAUGAUGGUAACGACGAAUUUGAUCCCUUGCUCGAAGAUGAAGAAGACUUUCGACAUGAUAUUCGGGGUGGAACAGAACUUCUUUACAUCGGGAGUCUCAAGGUCGGCAAUGUUGGAGAUGCGUCCCUUUUGGACAAAGCCAUUCAUCGUGUGAUCCAUGAUCAGAAGAAAGUCCACCAUUCUGUAAGCAUCCAUCUCCAAGAAUUGGGCGUGAAAAUGUUUUGUAACGAGAGAGGAAAAGAAGUCCUUAAUUACACCUACCCUGAGAUUUCAGCCUGUGGGUGCUGUUCCACCGAUAACCAUUAUUUGGCUUUCAUCGCAGGAAACGAUUUGUGCACGAUGGCCACAGAAUUCAUGUGUCACGUGUUCUAUUGUGCCAAUCAGGCCAAAGCCAGGGAUGUGAUUUCAACAAUUGCCGAGGGAUUUGAGAGAACUCAAAACGCGGUAUAGGGGGAAAAACGUUGUUGAAAAGCGCUAGCAAAUUUGUAGAGGUUGCGUAGUUCUAUUUUCAUAGGUUUCGUGGUAAUUUCGUUCGUCGAGUUUUCUUCUCGAUCAACAAUUUAUUCAUCUGUUGCUACAAACACUCAAUAAAGAUUCGUAUUUAAAACCUA